CCUGUCGCGAAAUCGGCCCUCGUUGCGUGCAACCGCGCCUCUACCCUAUCCCGCCGUGCUUUUGCUGCUAUCCGCCCCCCAAUAUCAUCGCGUGACGUCUCCUCGCCCAUUGGCCUCGCGCGCAGAACCCGGGCGUCGCUACACGCUCGCCGUCGAAGAAGCUACCGACACACCCUCACACCCUCACACGUCCGCCAUGGGCUUCACAACCGGCUUCCUCGGAGGCUUCACCCUCACCGCGUCAGUCCUCUACCUCACCAUAUCGCUCCACACGCGAAACCGCAUCACACAAGCCGCACUCCUGCGCCAACAACAAACCGUCCUCAAGAGCGUAAUCGAGCCAGCGCCGCCCGCUGGCGAGCCGGUUGCACGUGUGGAGCCUGCUGGACUGGCGGAGAUGGCAAAGGACAAGUGGAACAGAGCGCUGGAGACGAGCUUGAAGGGUGUGUAUGAGACGGACUGGAGGAGAGUAAGGGAGGAAGCGGAGGACAGAGUGACGACGGCUAUCCAGAGGAUCAGGGAGCAGAAAUAGACGUGGCAAUGGGCGUAGGCAGAGGCGGUCGUGUGAAUACAGCGAGAACUCGGAGGCGGCGAUACCCUUCCUGGCGGUUGCUGAGGGACGAGGCUAGGCGAAUGACUGGCAAGAGCAUAGUUGUCUGACUACAUGACGAGAUUGUCAUGUUUCCUGCUUAACACUUUCAACCUUGUACGUGCUCUUGGGUUUCACGUGCCACUGCGU